AAUGCGUUUUCUAAAUACUGAUGCAAUUCUCUUGUAAUGCAAAGCGCAAACACUACCCAUUCAGCCAUAUCUGCAUCAGAUGGUAACUUGACUGAUGUCGAACAAGUGGAAAAAAAUGGGGAAGCAAAUGAGAGUUUCAUGCGAGACGUUGACAGACAGGCUUUGUUUACGAUACCCCGCUGGAUGAGUGGACGCAGAAAGUCAAGAAAUAAGAUCAAAUACGUCAAAGUUGAUGUUCCUUUCACAUCUGAGAGUCCAAGCACUGAAAAUAAAGAUGAUAUCUCCAAAAGCAAGAAAAAGAGCAGUGAUAAAUCGAAGAAUUUUUUCACCAAAUUAUUUCGUCGAAAUUCUACUCGUUCAAAGCCUCCUGCGGACGCUAUUCCAAAGUCACCAUCUUCGCUUUUUUAUUUGAUAUCUGCCUCGAAUUCGGACAUUCGAUCGAGUAAUUCCAUCUUUUUUCAUUCCUUUGAUUACCAUGAAAUAUUCAAAGAUAAAAUUCCUGCGGUAUGUGGGAUCAAAAAUCAUGGAAAUACUUGCUUUAUGAAUGCCGUGAUUCAAUGCUUGAGCAGUAAUGAUAGCUUUGCUGAAUAUUUUGUGAUGGAUCACUAUAAAAUGGACUUUAUGAGGAGAAAUAAAGUGCAUUGUAAGAAAUAUGGCACUCACGGAGAAGUAACACAGCAGCUUGCUGCUUUGUUGAAAUCUUUAUGGUCUUGUCAGUAUUAUUCCAGCAUAUCUGAAAAAUUUAAGAUUUCUGUUGCAAAAUAUGGAUCACAGUAUGAAGGAUCUGAACAACAUGAUGCUCAGGAAUUUCUAUUAUGGCUUCUCGAUAAAGUCCAUGAAGACAUGAAUACAGCUCCAAAACAAAAAUAUAAAAAAACAAAAGCUAGUCUUGGUCGUUCUGAUGAGGAGAUUGCAGCAGAAACUCUUGCUAAUCAUUUAAGGUGUAACAACAGUUUUGUACAUGAUAUGUUUCAAGGACAGUUUCGUUCCUCUCUCUGCUGUCUGGGGUGUGGCCGGUUCAGCAAUACAUUCGAUCCAUACCUCUGCAUUUCUUUGCCAGUUCCAGAUUGUCAAAGCAUUCCAGUUUCUGUAUUUUUAGUCUUGCUUAGAGAAAGAACCAAAAUGGUUAAAGUGAGUCUCUUAAUUGAUUCCCAAGCAACGGUAAAAGAGCUGCGGGAGAAAUUAAAUUCUAAUUUUGGAAUUUCUGAAAAAAAUACCUUAUUUGUAGAAAUCAUAGAAGGUAAAUUCCUAAGAACAUUUUCUGAUGUGGAUCUUGUUACUUGCUUGAAUGAAAGUCAAGAUAUUUAUGCCAUUGAAACUCCACCCUCCACUCCAGAUUCGGAAAGGGAGAAACUUGUAAUGGUUAUUGUAUGCAAGCUUGAAACUGGAAAAGUGUACCACUUGUUUUGGAAACCUUUUGUUCUUGAUGUUCUUAGAGAGUCUAGUUACAAAGAAUUACAGUUCCAAAUCAUUGCUGCCUUAAGUACUGUCAUUAAAGAGACUAUAGAUCUUGAUGCAGAAAACCCAUUUACAUUAUAUGUUGAGGACCAGUCAACAUAUGAAUGUUUGUGUUCAUCUGUUGAUUUACCCCUGUAUAUGCCUGUCAUUGAUCAAGCCUUAUCAUCUUGUCAUGAACAUCCAAAACAUCUCAAACUUUGCCUUGAAUGGAAAGAAAAUGCCAAAAAUAUAUUAAAACUAAAUGUUCCUUUCAUUGAUCACCAUUCAUCUGUCUCAGCAAUAGCAGAUUUAAAGAAGCUGUCAAAUGAAGUGACUCUGCAUGAAUGUUUUGAACUCUACUUUAAUGAAGAAAGAUUAGGAAAUGAAGAUGCUUGGAUGUGCCCUUAUUGUCAUCAUCGUUUGCCUUGUGUUAAACAGUUGAGCUUAUGGACUGUGCCUGAUGUACUUAUUAUACAUUUGAAAAGAUUUAAACAGGCAUUUUGUCAGCGAACGAAGAUCACCACUUUUGUAGAAUUUCCCUCCUCCGGGUUGGAUAUGAAUCCGUACAUAGCUAGUAGAAACCAGAGCAAUCAUGCUCAAAGCAAUUCACUGCAGUUUUGGUCUCCAUGGAAACGAUCACGAGCAGCUUCAUACAUGAAACAUGAAGACAAUGUGUAUGAGCUCUAUGGUGUUUGCAACCAUUAUGGUAGCAUGCAGGGUGGCCAUUACACAGCUUAUUGUCGAAAUCCUGUUACUGGACAUUGGUACAUGUAUGAUGAUACUAAAGUCCAAGAAGUUCAAGCUAGUGAUGUAGUUUCAACUGAUGCUUAUAUUUUAUUCUAUCAACGAAGUACUUUUUCUACACAAUCGUGUGCUUCUUCUUCUUCAUCUGGAUACAGCAGUGCCUCAUCUAGCUUUUUUGUUGGGCCAGAUCACUGGGCUUUUCGAAUGCCCCCCUUUUUACGUGAUGGGCCUAUGACUAGUAAAAGCCAAGAUAACUUGUAUGAUGUUGGCAAUACAUCUUCAUUAGAUAGACGUUCCAGCUCUUUACACCGUCCACUGAAUCGCGGCUCAAAAGCUUAUUCAACUAUGAACCCGUCCAUUGAGCGCAAAACAGCUGUAGUCAAGCCCUCCGUCAAUGCAAAGCAGGACACCAUUGAGAGUAAAACUGAUUCCAAGACAAAUGGUGUUUUUGAACAACCUCCCCCUCCUCCCCCUGCAAAACAUUAUUGGACUGUUACAUCUGUAUGAGGUACACUAAGUAUUAACGAAAUCUUCAGGAUUUAUAAAACAAAAUAUGCAGAAAUCUAUUCUAAUUACAGUCAUUGGAAAGUAUUUUAGCUUUAACA